CCUUUUCUUAAUUUCUCUCUAGAUCUUCAUUAAUAUUCUUCUUUCUUGUCAAAUACAAUUAACUCUAGCUAUCAUUCCUCUGAAUUGCAGUCAAUAUGGCUCUUGAAACUUGGCUAAUAAAAGUUAAAACUGCAAUAUCGAGCAGUUUUGAUACUGUAAAGGCCUCAACACCGAAACCGAAGUUGUCUCCAAAGAAAUCCAACGUUGGAGUUUUAGCUUUUGAAAUCGCUGGAAUCAUGUCAAAGAUCCUCCAUUUAUGGCAAGCUAUUGCAGACAAGAACAUCAUUCGUCUCCGCAAUGAGUCGAUAUCUCUCGAAGGAGUCCGCAAGAUUGUCUCAAACGACGAGUCGUUUCUUCUUGGCUUAGCAUGUGCGGAAUUGGCAGAAAAUAUUAGACUUGUUGCAAAAUCUGUGUCGAGAUUAAGCAGGCGGUGUGAAGAUUCGAAUCUUCAAUCCUUUGAUCGGUUGUUUGAAGUCUUUGCAAACACAAGCCACGACUCACUUUGUUGGGUUCUGAAUCCAAAAGAUAUGGAAGCCAAGAGCAAGAAGAUGGACAGGUACGUGACGAUUACAGCCACUUUGUAUAAAGAAAUGGAGGAGCUAACAGUUUUAGAGAAUGGAUUGAGAAAAGUAUUGCAAUGUAACGAAUAUGAAUCCUCCACCAAAGAGCAGAAAAUUGUCGAUCUUCAACAAAAGAUUAUCUGGCAAAAACAGGAGGUAAAGUAUCUAAAAGAGAGAUCUUUAUGGAAUCGAAGCUUCGACACUGUUGUUAAUAUUCUUGCAAGACCAGUUUUUACUGUUUUAGCAAGAACAAAACUUGUGUUCGGGAUUGGUCAUGGUUGUCCCGCUUAUCUUCCUCGAAGUCUCUCAGCUUCAGCGACUGUUCAUCCAACCGAAAACCCUAAUACAUGUAGCUUUGUCUCGGGGCCAUUGAAAAGCUCAAAACUUGAAGAAAAGAAAGAUUCAAAUAAUGGGUUCUUCGAGUCGAAUUCGAAAUUAUUAAAGGCUCCUACAACUACGUUAGGUGCCGCUGCUUUGGCCCUACACUUUGCGAACUUGAUUAUCAUAAUGGAGAAAAUGAUCAAGUCUCCACAAUUGGUUGGUGUUGAUGCAAGGGAUGAUCUCUAUGCGAUGCUUCCAAGUAGCAUACGAUCAUCGUUGAGGGCUCGAUUGAAGGGAGUCGGUUUCUCGGCGAGCGAUCCGAUGCUCGCCGGAGAAUGGAGAAACGCUUUAGGGAGGAUCUUGGGGUGGCUGUCACCAUUAGCACAUAAUAUGAUAAAGUGGCAAAGUGAAAGAAGCUUUGAGCAACAAAAUAUGGUGCCGAAAACUAAUGUUCUUCUCUUGCAGACUCUAUAUUUUGCGAAUAAAGAGAAGACAGAAGCCGCCAUUACUGAACUAUUGGUGGGUCUGAACUAUAUCUGGAGAUUUGAAAGGGAGAUGACGGCUAAGGCCUUGUUUGAAUGUGCCAACAUGAACGGGUUGUUGAAUGAUUUCAAAUGUUAACAUUCCAGCUAAGGAGAUGGAAAUGGAUGAUCCAUCUUUUUUGCUAUUCCCUUUUUUUCUUUUUAAUUUUUGUUAAUUUUCUGAAAUUUUUAUCAUCAUGGUUGAUUUUAGAUUGAACUGAAUUUCAUCAGAUCUUUAAGGGUUUGUUUAUUGCUUCA